AUGUCUUCAAGUUACAUGCCUCUAAACCAUGCUAUUGAUGUGUUUUGUAUGAAGAGAGCUAAUGCAGCACUACGAGAUGGAGGAAAAAUUCGAGCAAUUCUGUGGUAUCAAGGUGAAAGUGAUUCUGCAGAUGAAACAAGAGCUAAAGUGUAUAAGAAGAGGUUGAUAGAAUUUUUCCUUGACAUCCGGCGAGAUUUAGCUUCCCCUGUGCUCCCAAUUAUUCAGGUGGCAUUGGCUUCAAAUGCGGGGCUCUAUUACGAGGUUGUAAGAAAGGCCCAACUAGAGAUAAAACUUCCAAAUGUAAUAUGUGUUGAUGCCAAGGGACUGGAGGUGAAAGAAAAUGAUACACUUCACCUUACUACUUCGGCCCAAGUCCACCUUGGAAAAAUGUUCGCUGAUGCCUUUUUUCGGAUUUGAAUUUAGUGUAUUAAUCAAGGCAUGAGUGGAAAAAACAUAUUGAAUUGGUAAUAUAGUGAUUGUUUGAUA